AUGGAAACCAGCUUUGAACCAUCUGGAAUGUCCUCCGGUGUUGUUGAUGCUCAAGAGACAUAUCGAAGUCAGCGUGACCUCAUGCGUGGCUUGCGACCGGUGCCUUCCUCGAUCGAGACGUAUUCUGCCUCCACACAAAGUAAAGGAACCAAUUGGACAACUGAUGAUAAAUCCUCGCCCUCCUCAACUUUCAUAUCCAGCAUUUCUGAUUAUGAGAGCGGCUCCUCUUGCGGAAAGGAUCAAUUUUAUCUGGAAAGAUACAGUCAAGGUGUCCAAAACGCACAGGUGUCCUCUAGAGCAACAGAGAAAAAUACAAUCCGAACCAAGAAACCUGUGGUAUCGACUUCUGAUGCCGAAAACCGGCGACUUCCAGGAUUGAAUAUCGUCACAAAUUUCUCAACACCACUAUUGCGAUCCCAAAAUGAAAGCAUUGUGGUAGAUCAAGUGCAAUCGCAACGACCCCGAAUUGGGAAAAGAUGUGCUACUUCUGUGGUGUCUGCAAAGGCCGAACAUGUUGACCAAACAACGAUCAACCUGGCUCUGGAACAUUCUAUGGCUUCAAAUACCACGAUGACACAUACUUCAGGUCACGAUAGAAAUCGUGCUCGUGAAGCGUAUUCGAAAUGGCAAGACUUACAGACAGCUCGUAGAAAGUUGUCCGAUGAGGCCAGCGCUCAAAGAACAGCGUCCGUCGCCGAUUACGAUUCUUUGGUAACCAUCGACCUGGGUACCGCGCAACGCAAAGACCAGUCGUCUGAGAAAAGGUCUGUUGUCAUUGGACUUAGUCUUCCCUCAAAUGAGGCGAACGCUCAUCGGCUGAGAGAUGCCGCCAAUGAUACUCAUGCGACAACAACGCCUGAGACCCCAGUAAUUGUCAUUACCCCAGCUGAGGAGGGAGAUUCUUGGAAGCCCCAAUCGAUGCGCAGACUGCGGCCUUCUUCUAGUAUCUACAGCACCCGCUCCGGACCCCACGACACAAGAAGCGGAGAAACUUUGCCUCCGGUACCCGCAAUGCCCGAGGUCCACAAAAAGGGUCAUAUACCUGUAGGAGAGGCAAUCACAUUGCAGACGGCCGGGUAUGCGAAGAGUGGUGAAGAAGAGGACAUCGCUUUUGACGGAGAAAGGGACUUCCAAAACCCCGAAAGUGUACAGAGAGCCUCUUCAGAAAGCCAGGAACAUAUUCUGCCCAAGGAGGGUGACAUGGCCCGACAUAGAUCACAGGGUUGGUGGAAUCUCAUGCUCUCACCAAUGCUGUCCAGAAAAGGUACCAUCUCAGAAAAGACCCGAACCAACAACUUCGAAAGACCCCCGAUGCCGCCAAUUUCUACGCUUGAUGAAGUUGAUAAACACGCCUCCGUGUCCUCUGUCUUCGCAGAAUCACCCGAGACCCCCAGGCGUCUUGGCCUGGCUAGCCCUAGAGCAAGCAUAUCAGCUAGAUGGACAUUUUGGGCAAAGAGCAAAGGAAUGGAAAGGCAUCUUGACCGAACAGAUGAUGUCACCUCGAAAGUACCAAAAGAUCAGACCUUUGCUGGAGAUGCUCAAAGGGAGCCUCCCAUCGAGAGCUUCGGGGGUGCUGGAGUGGGACUUGCAGCAGAAUACUACCAUGCAUGCGCCGUGGAGCAAUUGAGUGGUGUCCGCUAUUUCGAAUGUAAUAAUCAUUCUUGCGUUGAGAGACUACCACAAUUGCAAUCACUAUUCGAUCACGAAGCAGGAGAAAACGCUACUGCCCUGGAAGUUGGCGCCGAAAAAUCUUUGGACGACAUCAAACCGAAUGUGAGUGUGGAACAUAGGAUCAAGAGCCUUGCCACGGUGAAUUCUGAACAGGAAGAACUCUCCCCAAAUGUGAGAGACGCGAGCACCGCUCCUGUGACUAAGGCUAAAGCAAUUGAGGCUCCUGCUGCUGGCACUUCUACUGUCGUGGAAGCAGUCCCCCGAGACGACUCGAAUAACGUUGGAAACAGGCAAGAAGUCACUCCAUCUCCGCUCGAACAAGCACGAACUCUUAACACAAGUACCGCUCGACAGAAUGUACAAUCACCUGAUGACAAAUCAUCGAUCCCGAGGGAAUUCAUACAAGCAGCAGUGCAGUCUCCUGGUCCGAUCUCGCCAGUAGUGCAGGAAGCAAUGAGAUCUUACGGUGAUGUACCUAUGUCAGAGAUGAGCCACCCGCGACAUGCAGUCCAGUCGCCUGAGCAAACGAAGAAACAGGUCGAGAAUCCAACUUCGGAGCAAACACAGGUAGCAGCUUCGACAUUACACCAUCAUACUACUUAUUCAGAGAGGUUGAUAACUAUGCCCGCGCCUUUAUCGUACGAGACAAGGGAGAACCAUCAAAUCUAUGCCGUGCCUGCAACUACCAACCGACACAUGAGCGAAUCAACUCCGCCAAAACCAGCAUCGCUCAAGCGCCGGAACAGUGGCGGGCCAGAGAAAUCUGGGAUGGUCGCCAAAAUCAAGUCUCUAUUCAAGAAGAAGGGAGCGAAGACUGACGAAGAUCUACAGCCUACGAAGCGGAAAUGGACUCUCAUUGUGGGAGCCUUUCUUCUUCUGAUUGUGAUAGCCUGCAUUCUUCUUGCCACCUUACUCACUCGUCAUGGUGAUGAGACUCCUACUCAGAGCCAGUGGCUCAACUUGACGGGAUAUCCUCCCAUCCCAACAGGUAUCUCAACAAUCGCAAUGCCUGAUCCCGUUCAGGAGCAAUCUCAGUGUGUAGCACCGACCACAAUGUGGAGUUGCGCACUACCAAAGGAGAACCAGGCUGAGAUAGCGCCGAACAGUCCAGAUCAGCCAAACUUCCGCUUCGAAAUCACUUUCAAAAAUGGCACGGUACCGGGGAACAUGACGCUCCCCGUGAACGAGCUAAGAAAGAGGUCAGCCAACCUUAGCCCUCGAGCAAGUGACCCAUUCACAAAGGAUCUAUUGGAACCAAACCCGACACCGCCAAGUCGGGCAGACGAGAUUUUCUUGGGUAACACGACUGACAACAUCACUGAGCCUUUCCAGGGCGAAGACACUCCUUUCUUUAUGACCUUUAUACCGGUAUUUCCUCUGGACCCGUUCAAUUCGACACAGGGCAAUUUGGCCACUUCAAAACUGCUCGCAAGCCGAGAUAGCAACAACUCAGACAUCAUCCCGGCGCCGGACGUCCUUGACGAUGGAAGCGCAGCUCCGGCCAACCUCCUUCCGACGUCGCCGUACCCUACGUCUCAGCCGAUCAAAUUGUACAACCGCGGACAGCAGGACGAGCACUUCGGAUUCUACAUGUACUACGACAAGGCGAUUUUCCUACGUUCGACGGCCCCACUCAACACGUCGCAAUUCUCCAACAAUAACGGUAUCGACGCGGCCGACGAAGACGGCGGGUGCACACGCGGACAAUCCCGUCUGCGUUGCACGCUCAGUCAGACUCGAUUCUUGGUGAGGAUCUGGACCAACCAUGCGUUCGACGGAACGCUACUGAGCCCGAUUGUGUCGAACACCUCCAUGGGGGCUGGAAAUAAUUCGGCCACCGACUUCAAUCGGCCUGGAUCGUUCCCAUACCCCACGACGAUCAGUCUCGACCGGCAUGGUGGAAACAUCAACAAGAAAGCAGUGUAUUGCUACGGCGUGAACGAUUUGCAGGUGAUUCAGAACGACGUUAAGGGCAUUGUGCCAGAACUAAGAGGGUUCGGUGGACACUUGAUCAACCCUGCACCUCCGCUGGUGGAGGAGGGAUCCGGAAGCGGGAAUGCGACAGCUGCUGAUGAUGGGUUUGACCCUGAGGCGGGCGGUAUCGACGGCGGCACAGGUGGGUGUGGGUGUGUUUGGCAGAAUUGGAAUUAA